AUGGCAAACAACACAAAGGAUAACGACAACCAGUCUUCCCCUCCAGUCGCAUCUGACGACUCGGAGAUCCUGGAUCGUGGCAGAUCACGCGUCCGAAGGAAGUCCAACCAGCUCAACGAGUGCAACAUGCGGAAGAAAGGGUACCACAUGUUCACGUCAUCGUUUGGGAAGGUCUUCCACGUCGAGAAACGGUGGAAGCUAGUGAGGGAGAUGGGGUCGGGUGCGUACGGCGUGGUUGUGUCUGCAACCGACCAGAUAUCAGGCGAAACGGUUGCUAUCAAGUUAGUCACACGAAUAUUCGAAAAGAUUCAACUCGCGAAGAGGGCGCUCCGGGAGAUCACUCUUCUCAGGCAUUUCUCCAACCAUGAAAACAUCACUGGGUUAAUUGAUAUGGACGCUAUCUCUCCCGAUUUUCAAGAAAUGUUCCUCUCGGAUUUGCACCAAAUAAUCAAGUCUGGACAGACUCUUACUAACGAGCACGUUCAGUAUUUCCUUUAUCAAAUCCUUAGAGGGAUGAAGUAUAUACACUCUGCCUCCGUCAUUCAUCGCGAUCUCAAACCUGGAAACCUAUUGGUGAAUUCGGACUGCGAACUGAAGAUAUGCGACUUCGGUUUAAGCCGAGGAUUCGAUUCCACACCAGACGAACAUAUCGGCGGUCAGCUUACUGAAUACGUCGCUACGCGGUGGUAUAGAGCACCGGAAAUCAUGUUGUCAUUCAGCAUCUCAACUGGGACAGUUGAUGUGUGGUCUAUAGGGUGCAUUUUCGCAGAACUACUACUCGGAAGACCGUUAUUCAAGGGGAAAGAUUAUGUGGAUCAACUUAACAAGAUAUUUGAUGUUUUGGGUACUCCAGAAGAAUCCGUUAUCCAACGAAUAGGAAGUGAUAAGGCACAAGUCUACGUGAGAACGCUUCCAGUCAAAGAACCUAUCCCCUUCUCGAGGCUGCUGCCAGCGGCAGAUCAUCAAGCUUUGGACCUCCUGCGGAAGAUGCUCUCAUUUGACCCGUUGUCGCGAACCGCUGUGUAUGAAGCGCUGGCGCACCCAUGGUUAUCUACGUACCACGACGAUAGCGACGAACCGGAGUGCGUAAACAAAUUUGAGAAGUGGAAGGAUAUCGAGAAGCUGGAGACACUAGAGGAAUUCCGUGAGGCGAUCUGGAAUGAGAUCCAGGACUAUAGAUUGGAUGUGCGGGGACUCAAGGAAGAAGAGGCCCCAUUGCCCCCAGUGUCUGAGGAGUCCAGUCAACCUUCUGUCAAAGAAUCCCCAGCACGCUCAAGACGGCUCUUGGCACUGUUACCUCACGCAUUGCUUCCCCCACCUACACCGACGGAUCCCGUAGUCACUUACGCACGGAGGUCCAGUAUUAUACAACCUCCCCGUCAACCAUUUACCUAUAAUUCUCCUCCGGCAUCUUCAUCGCAGCACCCAUGGCCCUGUGGUACGGAGGGCCUUCCGACAAGCAACAACCAGGUACCCUUCCCUGGCCAGACCUAUGUCGUCCCCGCGCGUUCGAGGGCGCCGUCUACCACUGCAGAUGUUUCUAUCCACGAGAGUGCUGAGGGGCUACCUGGUGGUUUAGCCGCCGUUGCUCCGAUUGGGAAGUACAUCGUUGCACGCACGUCAGGAGCAGAUGCACCUCCAAGUGAGAUACCAAAGGAUUUCGGGGUAGAGGAAAGUAGGUGUGACGAAGGACGUUGA